AUGUUCGCAAAGAAUGAGACGUUGGUCAAUGAGAUUGUUCUCUUGGGAUUUCAGAAUCUCCACAACUUCAAGAUUCCCCUGUUCUCUCUGUUCCUUCUGAUUUACAUUAUGACAGUUUGGGAGAAUGUCCUCAUCAUAGUGUUGGUGUCCUCCAGCCGGAACCUCCAGUCCCCCAUGUACUUCUUUCUCCAACAGUUGUCCCUCACUGAUCUACUGGGAUCCUCAAAUAUUGUACCUACCUUGUUCCUAACUUUAAUUCAUGAUGGAGUCACAGUAUUCCUUGUUGGGUGUUUCGUGGAGUUUUAUUUUUUCUGUGUGCUGGAAUCUUUUGAGUGUUUGCUUCUAGCAGUAAUGUCCUAUGACAGAUAUGUGGCCAUCUGUAUCCCACUGAGUUACACUUCUAUAAUGUCCCACAGGGUUUGUGUUAAAGUCAUUCUUAUGGCAUGGUUCCUUAGCAUCAGCUUUGCAUUAGUAACUGUGAAUCUGAUAGGAACCCUAGAGUUUUGUGAAAAUAAAAACAUCAACCAUUUUUUCUGUGAUCUAGAUCCUCUCCUACAACUUUCCUGCUCAGAUACUUUCUUAGUACAAGUGGAAGUUAUUUCAUUGUCUAUCCCAGUGAUCGUUUUCCCGGUCAUACUCAUUAUUAUAACAUAUAUGUGUAUUGUCCAGGCAAUCCUAAAGAUAGUGUCCAAUAUGGGGAGACAAAAAGCCUUCUCCACUUGCAGCUCCCACUUGACUGUGGUCUCCAUGUUUUAUGGGACUCUCAUUGCUAUUUAUUUAGCCCCCUCCAGAAAUGAAACCAAAACUAUAAGUAAAGUUCUCUCUCUGUUGUACACUGUGGUGAUUCCUUUGGUUAACCCCCUUAUUUACAGCUUGAGAAGCCAAGACAUCAAAGAAGCUUUCAAAAAAUGUAAAAUACUAGGGAAUUCCUUGAAACGCUGUUGCUGA